GCUGAUUGGCCGCGCCGGCUCUUUCGUCAAGCUCUUUUGUCUCCGUGGGCCGAAGAUAAAAGCAGCGGCGGCUGCCGUGGGAACCGUGCUGUCUGGACUCAGCUACCCCUCGCUGGUGGCGGGGGGCGCCGUGCGGAGCAGCUCCGCGGGCAGCUCCGGGUCGCUUAAGCGGCCGGGGACGUGCCCGUCCUCUUCUCUCGCAGGGCCGCGGAGACCGGAAGGCGGCAUCCGCAGCUGGCAAGGCCCGAGGGUCCGCAGCCCACCGAGCCGAGCACAGGCCAUCAAAGCCGAAUCCGAACUUGAAUUCUGUGCGGCUGAUUGCAAGAGCUGGUCUCGGAUCGGCGACCCCCCGGUGGACAAAGAUCGGCUGUUAGCCUGGAGACGAGCUUUCUCGCGGAGGCCACCGGUUGCAGAAGCUGGAAGUGAAAUAAAGGCGCGCGCGCGCCCGUUCCUGCGCUCCUCCCCUACUGAGAUAGGAGAGUCCCCCAGCACGCCUGCACAUUAGGCUAACCCACAAAGCCUGAGCGUCUUGUUCCAUUCGGACACCCCGAUCGUCAUCAGUCAUGGCUAGCAUCAUUGCGCGCAUGGGUAAUAGCCGGCGGCAUAACGCACCCUUGCCGCCAUGGGCCCAUUCUAUGCUGAGGUCCCUGGGGAGAAGCCUCGGCCCUUUAAUGGCCAGCGUGGCAGAGAGAAAUAUGAAGUUGUUCUCGGGGAGGGUGGUGCCAGCCCAGGGGGAAGAAACCUUUGAAAACUGGCUCAUCCAAGUCAAUGGGGCCCUGCCGGAUUGGAAUAUGUCUGAGGAGGAGAAGCUCAAGCGCUUGCUGAAAACGCUUCGAGGCCCCGCCAGGGAGGUCAUGCUUUUGCUGCAGGCGGCCAACCCCAAUCUAAGUGUGGCCGAUUUCUUGCGUGCCAUGAAAUUGGUGUUUGGAGAAUCGGAAAGCAGUGUGUCGGCUCACGGUAAAUUUUUUAACACCCUGCAGGCGCAAGGGGAGAAAGCCUCCCUUUAUGUGAUCCGUUUAGAGGUGCAGCUCCAGAAUGCUAUUCAGGCGGGGAUCAUAGCUCAGAAAGACGCAAACCAGACCCGCCUGCACCAGCUCCUUUUAGGGGCCGAGCUGAACGGGGACCUGCGCUUUAGGCUGAAGCAUCUUCUCAGGAUGUAUGCAAAUGAGCAGGAGCGCCUCCCCAGUUUCCUCGAGUUGAUCAAGAUGGUCAGGGAGGAAGAGGAUUGGGAUGACACUUUCCUUAAACAGAAACGGCCCAAAAGAUCCGAGUCACUGGUGGAGAGGGCCACCAGCCUGAUGGCAUUUCAGGGCUCCCCGCAGAUAGUGGUCGGCAGUCCCGACUGCAACGUGAUAGAGAUAGAUGAUGCCCUCGAUGACUCAGAUGAGGAUGUGAUCCUGGUGGAGUCUCAGGACCCUCCACUGUCAUUCACGGCUUCACCACUCCCCAGACGCAGGGCCAGACCUCGGGACCAAGUGCUAGUCAUCGAUUCCCCUAGCAGUUCCCGGGCUCAGUCUCCUUCCACCAGCGGGGGUUCUGGGCAUAAGAAUGAUGGUUCUAGGCACCUGCGUAGAACCAGGAAGCGAAAACACACAAUCCGCUGCUCCUACUGUGGCGAGGAGGGCCACUCAAAGGAAACCUGUGACAAUGACAGCAGCCGGGCCCAGGUGUUUGAGAAUCUGAUCAUCACCCUGCAGGAGCUGACCCAUACAGAGGAGGAGGGACCGAGAGAGGCCCCUGGCCAACAAGAUGACCCUUCUGAGCUGCAGUGAGCUGGUGUCCCCUAGCCUUAAAUGAACCCUAACCCAUAUUCUGAGUCCAGCAAUGGGACAACUGGGGAGGGGCGCUUCUAAUUGCAUGAAUCCACAAAGCAGCUUUCCUUUGGGAGUGGAGUAGAGAGGGUCUUGAAUACCAGCACAGUGGAGGGAGACAGCCUGACCUCUGUCCUUGCUUCCCCAGCCCCCCUGCCUAAGGGCCUGUUUUCUUUGUGUGCGCUCAUUUCCUCGCUGGCUCUGUUCUCUUUGUGAAAGUGGCAUCAUUCAUUGUUAAAUCUUCCAACAAAGGAAAGUACAAGAAAGUAAAGUACAAGUUACCCCCAGCUCUCCACCCCGAUCUAACCGUCGUCAUCCCUUUGAUGGACGUCCUUCUAGAUACUUCCCUAUACCCGUGUACCCAGAUAGAUGUAUGUAUAGAUAAAAAUGAUCACAUAGAAAUGCUGUUCUAUAGUCUGUAUUUUUUCACCAAAUGAUAUAUGUCGUGGGCUUCUUUCUAUGUCAAUAAAUAUUUAUCAGCAUCGA